AUGACCACCACAUUGUUGAGCCGUAUGCAAAUUGACAGAAAUCUACGAAGAUCCACCGAGCACGUGGAGAUAGUGCCCCAGGAGACAUGCGUUCAUCAUGAGUCUCCCGAGUCAGUUCUAACUGAGAUUGCCACCAUGUCCACAUCAAUUCAUCAAUCUACAGUAACCAAAUCGCCUACAGUGGUCUCGCCACGCCGUGCCAGUGAAAUUCCCGGAACUUCUGUGGCUAAUAAAUGA